GUGUGUGUAUGUGUGUGUGUGUGUGCGCGCGCGUGUGUGUGUCUAGCUCUCGCUCUUUCCCUCAGUCUGUGCUUCUGUGUGUGUGUGAGUGUGUGUGUGACAGAGAGAGAGAGCGCGCGAGAGGAGAGAGAGAGAGCGAGAAAGAGAGCGAGCGAGCGAGAGAGCGAGCUGCGAGCUGUGCUGCCGCCGCCGCUGCCCUUUGAUCCCGACAUUAGUGUUAGGGGCUCGGAGACACAGAGCGCGGCCAUAGACACCGCCGCACCGGCACUCAUUUAUUUAUACCUCCCAUCACACACGCGAGCACAGGACACACACACACUCACACCUAUUAGAUCCGUUUCCAUUGAAGAAUAUUACGCUCGCGGACAAGCCAGGUGCACGACCAAAAAUUUAAAAAAAAAAAAAAAAAGAAAGGAAAGAAAAGAAGAAAACCCCUCUUCUGGCUCCAGGAAACCAGCUUCAACCCAUUGCCCACAGCGGAGAGAAGGGGUUUCCCCCUGCCCGCCCGCCCGCCCCCCAACUACCUCCCUGCUCCUGCCAGUGUCUGCCUCUGCCCCCACGGGGGUUUAUUUGAUCUCACAUUAACCGAGGAGGAGAAUGUGAGAAAAGGGGGAAAAUGCCCAGGAGGAAGCAGGAGCAGCCCAAGCGCCUUCCCUCACAUGUUAGUAGGCAGGAAGAGGCGGAGGCAGAACUCAGUGAAGGAGAACACUGGUAUGGAAACUCUUCCGAGACUCCGUCCGAGGCCUCCUAUGGAGAAGUCCAGGAGAACUAUAAGUUGUCCCUGGAGGACCGGAUCCAGGAGCAGUCCACAUCCCCCGACACCUCCUUGGGAAGCGCGACUCCCAGCAGCCACACGUUGGAGCUGGUGGCGCUGGACGGGGAGGUGCUGCGAGACUCGCUGCCGUGUCAAGACCACCCUUCCCCGGGCGUGUCGUCUUUGUGUGAGGAUGACCCCCCGGGCUCCAAUAAGCCCCUGAGCAGCAACUUGAGGAGGCUACUGGAGGCUGGUUCCCUCAAACUCGAGGCCACAGCCACGGCCAACGGCAGAGUGGAGUCCCCCGUCAACGUUAGCACGAAUCUCUCCUUUUCCCCGCCAUCCCAUCAUGCCCAGCAGCUCAGUGUUCUGGCCAGGAAGUUGGCUGAGAAGCAGGAACAGAAUGACCAAUACACUCCAAGCAGCCGCUUUCUCUGGAACCAAGGUAAGUGGUUGCCGAACUCAACCACCACCUGCGGCCUGUCCCCGGAUUCCGCCAUCCUCAAACUGAAAGCUGCGGCCAACGCUGUGCUGCAGGAUAAAUCUCUCACCAGGACGGAGGAGACGCUGCGCUUCGAGUCCUUCUCCUCCCCCUUCAGCUCGCAGUCCGCCAGCUCUACCCUGGCCGCUUUGUCCAAGAAGGUCAGCGAGAGAAGCCUGACCCCCGGGCAGGAGCACCCACCUCCCGCCAGCUCCUUCCUGUCCCUGGCUUCCAUGACCUCCUCAGCGGCCCUGCUGAAAGAGGUAGCGGCGAGGGCUGCUGGCAGUCUUCUGGCUGAGAAAUCGUCCCUGUUGCCUGAGGAUCCUCUACCGCCACCGCCUUCAGAGAAGAAGCCAGAGAAAGUCACGCCGCCACCUCCACCUCCGCCGCCGCCGCCGCCACCGCCACCGCCUGCGCCAGCACCAGCGCCUCAGUCCUUGGAAUUAUUGCUACUCCCCGUUCCCAAGGGAAGAGUUUCUAAGCCCUCCAAUUCAGCCUCCGAAGAAGAAAGCGGGAAGCCUUUCCAGUGUCCGAUAUGUGGCUUGGUCAUAAAGAGGAAGAGCUAUUGGAAGCGACACAUGGUGAUCCACACAGGUUUAAAAAGCCAUCAGUGUCCGCUCUGUCCAUUCCGGUGUGCUCGCAAGGACAAUCUCAAAUCCCACAUGAAGGUUCAUCAGCACCAGGACCGGGGAGAGACCUUUCAGUGCCAGCUCUGCCCUUUCACUUCCUCACGCCACUUCAGCCUGAAACUCCACAUGCGUUGCCAUCAGCACUUCCUGAGGACAGAAGCCAAGGUGAAGGAGGAGAUCCCAGACCCAGAUGUCAAGGGAUCUCCCCACCUCAGUGACAGUGCCUGCCUGGGGCAGCAAAGGGAAGGAGGAGGGACAGAGCUAGUGGGGGCCAUGAUGACGUCUAACCCUCCAGAGAGGACUAGCCAGGGUGGGGCUGGCGUCUCGCCCUUGCUGGUGAAGGAGGAACCCAAGGAAGAGAACGGCCUGCCCGCCUCCUUUAGCCUGAAUCCUGCCGACAGGCCCGCCAACCACACAAAGCUGAAAGACCCCUCCGAGUAUGUGGCCAACAGUGCGUCAGCAUUGUUCAGCCAGGACAUCUCUGUUAAGAUGGCGUCUGAUUUUCUCAUGAAGCUGUCAGCUGCAAAUCAGAAGGAGCCCCUGAAUCUUAAUUUUAAAGUGAAAGAGGAGCCCAAGGAAGAGGAGGCCCUAAGCACGACCUUGCCCCGGUCCAGCUAUGUGUUCAGCCCGGAGCCUGAAGCGGCCGCCCCAAACAUCUCUGAGGACGCGCUGAAGGCCCAGGAGGGCAAGGGGAGCGUGCUCCGGCGGGAUAUGUCCGUGAAAGCCGCAUCCGAACUGCUCAUGAAGCUCUCAGCGGAAAGCUACAAGGAAACUCAGAUGGUGAAGAUUAAAGAGGAACCCAUGGAGGUGGACAUCCAGGACUCGCAUGUGUCAAUAUCACCCAGCCGGAAUGUGGGCUACAGCACUUUAAUCGGGCGAGAGAAAACUGAGCCCUUGCAGAAGUUGCCAGAGGGCAGGGUACCCCCCGAGAGAAACCUCUUCAGCCAGGAUAUCUCUGUGAAGAUGGCUUCUGAGCUUCUCUUUCAACUGUCGGAAAAAGUGAGCAAAGAGCACAAUCACACGAAAGAGAACACCAUCCGGACAACCACCAGCCCUUUCUUUUCAGAAGACACAUUUAGACAAUCACCAUUCACCUCCAAUUCAAAAGAUCUGCUGCCCAGUGAGUCUCUGCUUCACGGAAGAGUAUCAGCUCCAGAAACAGAAAAGCUAGUCCUGGAGGCGGGAAACGGAUUGCCAUCCUGGAAAUUCAAUGACCAGCUCUUCCCCUGUGAUGUGUGCGGGAAAGUGUUUGGCCGCCAGCAGACGUUGUCCCGGCAUCUCUCGCUGCACACAGAGGAAAGAAAAUACAAAUGCCACUUGUGCCCCUAUGCUGCUAAGUGCCGUGCGAACCUGAACCAGCACUUGACCGUGCAUUCCGUGAAGCUGGUGAGUACAGACACCGAGGACCUCGUCAGCGCCGUCACCUCUGAAGGCAGUGACGGGAAGAAGCACCCUUACUACUACAGUUGUCACGUGUGCGGAUUCGAGACUGAGCUCAACGUGCAGUUCGUCAGCCACAUGUCGCUGCACGUGGACAAGGAGCAGUGGAUGUUUUCCAUCUGCUGCACCGCCUGUGACUUUGUCACCAUGGAGGAAGCAGAGAUAAAGGCUCACAUUGACACCAAGCACACAGGGGAAGACAGGAAGACCCCCAGUGAGUCCAACAGCCCCUCUUCGUCCUCCCUCUCAGCUCUGAGUGAUUCAGCCAACAGCAAAGACGAUUCCGACAGCUCCCAGAAGAACAAGGGCGGGAACAACCUGCUGGUGAUCUCCGUGGUGCCUGGGAGUCAGCCCUCACUGAACAGUGAGGAAAAGCCAGAGAAAGGGUUCGAAUGCGUUUUCUGCAACUUUGUCUGCAAGACGAAGAACAUGUUUGAGCGCCAUCUGCAGAUACACCUCAUCACCCGGAUGUUUGAGUGCGACGUGUGCCACAAGUUCAUGAAGACCCCCGAACAGCUGCUGGAGCACAAGAAAUGCCACACUGUCCCCACCGGUGGGCUCAAGUGCCCAUUCUGCAUUUAUUCCACCAACCGCCCCGCUGCUAUGGAGUGCCACCUCAAGACCCACUACAAGAUGGAGUACAAGUGCCGGAUCUGCCAGACGGUGAAGGCCAACCAGCUGGAGCUGGAGACGCACACCCGGGAGCAUCGCCUGGGCAACCACUACAAGUGCGACCAGUGCGGCUACCUGUCCAAGACCGCCAACAAGCUCAUCGAGCACGUGCGCGUGCACACCGGGGAGCGGCCCUUCCACUGUGACCAGUGCAGCUACAGCUGCAAGCGCAAGGACAAUCUCAACCUGCACAAGAAGCUGAAGCACGCCCCCCGCCAGACCUUCAGCUGCGAAGAGUGCCUGUUCAAGACCACACACCCUUUCGUCUUCAGCCGCCACGUGAAGAAGCACCAGAGCGGGGAGUGCCCCCCGGAGGACAAGAAGGGGCUGUGCGCGGCCCCCAAGGAAGCGGCCGGCCCCGGGGCCCCGCUGCUGGUCGUGGGGAGCUCCCGGAACCUCUUGUCUCCCCUGUCGGUCAUGUCGGCCUCGCAGGCUCUGCAGACCGUGGCCCUGUCCGCCGCCCACGGCAGCAGCUCGGAGCCCAACCUGGCACUCAAGGCGCUGGCCUUCAACGGCUCCCCCUUGCGCGUAGACAAGUACCGGAACUCGGAUUUUGCCCAUCUCAUUCCCUUGACAAUGUUAUACCCCAAGAACCACUUGGAUCUCACAUUCCACCCUCCCCGGCCUCAGACUGCGCCUCCCAGCAUCCCCUCCCCGAAACACUCCUUCCUCGCCUAUCUCGGACUGCGAGAGAGAGCAGAGACUGUCUGAGGACAGCCACGGUCUGUACCAAAAACAAAAGAGACAAAGACACAAACAAAACAAAAUAACCCACAAAACUUAAAAACACAACCCCAGCAGGUGUAUGUUGCUGCAAAACCUACAGACCCCCCGGGGUCUGCACCACGUGUACUGUAUAUCUUUAGUAAGGAGUAGAGAAUUGGCUCUGUGUGUAUACCUAUUGCAUUGACCUGAAAAGCUGCUUUACCCACUCUCCCGAGAGGUCACCUCCUGCAUACUUCUACCUUGAGAGGCAUGCCUCCCCAGCCACCCACUCCGCCCUCAGCCCUUCUUCCUUCUUUGCUCUGAAAGGAAUUCUGUCUCGUUAAACCCUAAAGAGAGUGUCCUUAAUUGCAAUCAGCACUUGUAAGCUUAAGAUACCGGUGCAUUUGGUUUUCUGUCGGGUGAGUGGGGCGCAUGGGCGCUUGUGGAUUCCGGAAGAGCCGCGCGCGCGUCGAGCGCCAUGACGUUGCUCUUGUACAGCCCUCGUCCCGGCUUCUUUAACAGCGACCAACCUUCUCUUCCCUCCUGGGCUGUUCAUCCACUCGGGUCUCUCUCCGAGCUCCCUCACACCUCCCCUCUCUGUUUUACGGCUGCAGAGCGGUAGGGCCCGGUGCUGAGUGGAUGCAGGGAGGGUGGGCUCCUACAGGGCUGCCGGAGCCCUGGUUCUCAGUUCUCCUCUGGGGAGGAAGCUGCACGGGCUCCAGUGGCUGCCCUGUCCAGGAAGUAUCCCGCAGCACUGCAGCUGACUUCACACAACUGAAGUCUGGUGUGUGUGUGUGUGUGUGUGUGUGCCCGUACAUCAGUGAUGUGUAUGGCGCACGCACGCACGCACGCACACAGGACAUCGUUUUUUUUUUUAAGGGCAGAUUAUAUAUAUAUAUGAGAUGUAUUAAUUCAGUGGUUACCAUUUGUUUGCAGGAAAAAAAUUGUAUGAAUUAAAAAUUUUAUGGUUCAUAAAUCCAGCCAAGGAGAUUAAAAGGGGUUUGGAUAAAUUCUGGGUAUAAAUGCUCAGACUAAAAAAAAAAAAAAAGAAAAAAAAGAAAAAAAAGAAAUGGCAGUUUUGCACAGUGCUUUGGUCUUGCACUAGUUUUUGUUUCUCAUCUGAAAAAAAAAGUAAAAUAAAAGGAAGAAAAUGUACCUUUUUUAUGGAAUGAGUAGACUGUAUGUUUGACAAUUUAGCCACAACCUCUUUGACCUGUAAGGACACAACAAAAAGGUGCUGUUUAGUCCUCUGGUUCAGUUCCUGCCCCUGAGAAGUUUCCAUUGUGUUUGCAGAUCCUCUGGCUGUAGCGGUAUCCUCCAUGCUGUUAGUGAUUCUGUAUUCCAUUUUGUUAACGCCUGGUAGACGUACCUGCUAGGAGGCUAACUUUAUACUUAUUUAAAGCUCUUACUUUGUGGUCAUUAAAAUGACAGUGUAUGUGCAGCACUUUAUUGCAACAGGAAGCAGGUGUGGAUUGGUUGAGUAACCCUUCGCUCAUCUUAAAAAGCAAUGGGUGAUUUAAAAAGGAGAAAAACUCUUGGAUGAAUACGUUCAUUGCUUGUGUUUUUGAGAGAGCAGAAUCUCCUGUGUGAAACAGGCUGAAAGAGCAGGAAGAAAUGUGCUUUGUGUGAGAACAGAGUUGGACUGUGGCGAUUUGUACGUUCUUCAUCUGUGGAAGAACAGGCGGACGGGGAACACUUUCUCACCCUGUUGCCAAUUCCCGUCAUGUCUCAGGCUGGAGUUGGGAUUGUUUUUUUUUUUUUUUUCACCUAUUUCACCAGGGGAAAAAAAAAAACAAAAGCCUCCCUGAUUUUUCUUCCUCUACUCAGUUUGGUUCGCUCAGAGCCCCCUGGAAAUGAAUGCUGUUGCACAGGAAGCCAGAAGACUGUGCUGUCGGUCCCCACACCACGGUGUCCCCGCCGCCCUCCGCUCUAACCCUGCUGCCCCCAGAGCUGGCAGGUGUGCUACAUUUCCCUUCCCUGGCCAUCCGGCCCGGUGUGGGGUGCCUGCUCGGCGUCCUGGCAAACCUGUUUACACUAAGGGGAUGGCCACGGGGGCGCGGAGGCCCAACCAGCUCAGGCAGGAAGCUCCCAGAACCCUCAGUCAUUCUCCAGCAGAAGCUGUGUUCGAGAUGCUGAUCAACCUCACCCUGUCCAUGUCUCAGUAAAAGACACUAUAGACGGUUAUGGACAACACACUCCAAGAAUACUGGGCUUUCGGGUGGGUUGUGUUGUUUUCCUUUAAGUCAUGUCUUUAUUCCCAUAUAAUGGAGAACAUGCCACUUGGCUAAUAAUGUGUUUUCAAAAUUACAAGUUCAGUGAUGAUAGGAAAGAGGGCCUUGGUGAUCCCACAGGGGCUGGCGGAACAGGCGACUCACACUUAAGCACCAGCAGGUUCAAAACCUGAAAGGGUGGCGCGAAUGGUUAGGACUGUAGGUUUUCUAGCAUGCCACUUGUGCAAUAGGAGGCCCUAAGGUCAGAACGUUCUAGAGCAAGAGGAGUGAUGGAAGGAGACAUUGACUGCUCAAAUGCCAUGCAUUUCACUGCUUGCCACUGAACUUGUAUUUGAAUGACUUAGUAAUGCUUAAUAAAAUUGGGCAACUUUUUUAGCACUUUGGAAAGAGUCAUCAAUCUUUCUGGUAAAUUAUAAAAGUUUUCUGAGUGAGAAAAGGUGUGUUUGGAGUUUGUUUGACUUUUUAUAUUAUUGUUGUUAUUAAUAAAGGAAAAAUCUACAGCAUUUUUCAGAUUCCACCUAGAUAAUGUGUAGCCCUGAAUUUGGUUUGCAGUUUGAUACUCAGGGAAGGAUGUGUUCCAUAGAUAUCCUUUCCGUGUAAAACACUAACAUCUUUGAGAAAUUCACCUGCCAAGUAACCCCGAUUCUGAUUUCACUAUGCAUUCUUCAAUGAAAGCUUAUUUUUCCAUAUAGUAACGCAGUUAGGGUUCUCAGCACUUUCUUCUAUCCUUUUUUUAACUCUUCAUAUUAUGUUCUGAUGAUCAUACUGUCAAGGUUUGUGUACAUUACUGAAAAUUUGUAUUGUAUAAAGCUUUUUGCAUUACAAGGCUGUACAGGGUCAUUUUGACAGUAACUGGUAUAUUCCUUCGCAUCUUAUGUUGCAUUGCCAAUUUCUAGUGUAUCCAGUUUGAAAGUAUAAUAUACUCUAAUUAAAAAAAAGGUUGGCUAUA